GGAGUAGGUGUAGUAGGUCUUAUCGGAUAUCCUUUACUAUCCAACACCGCGGCCCUCAACAUUGCUUCCAAGUUACCUCCCUACCCUCUCUAUUUUCGACAAACAUAACCACCCGCAUACAACCCACCACCACGAUAACACCAAGUCCCCUUCCCCGAAACAGAAGAAGAAGAAGAAGAAGAAGAAGCAAAAGAUGUCCAACCAAAACCUCUACGGCCACCCGCCACGCAAAAAGCAAUCCGCCUUCCAAUCCGCCGCCCCCUCCUCCUCAACCCUAGCCUUCACAACCACCCUGUCCAACCUCAUCGCCGCCCGGGAUCCGGGAUCUUCAACAACGUCAACCGGCCGCCCCCGCCCCUCCAAAUCCAAAGACUCAUCCGAUGGCCUGUUCGCCCGCCCGAAUCGUGGGGCGCAGAAGCGCGCGGCGCAGGAUCUUGUUGUGGACGAGAGCGAUGCGACGACACUGUCCGGUGCAACUGCGCAGGUGCACCAGCGAACCCGGGAUCUGGGGGGUAGGGUGGAUGAGGCGGUGCUGCAGCGGUCGAAGCGGCGGAUGCAGGAGAAGGCGAGGGUGUAUGAGGAUUUGAGGAGGGGGUUGUAUCUCGGUGGUAGUGAUUCUGAUUCCGAGGGCGAUGGUGAUAGGGUAGGGGAAGGGGAGGGGGAAGGGGAGAAAUAUCUGAGGAGGUUGAGGCGGAGGGAGAGGGAGGGGUUGGUGGAUUUUGAUCGGAAGUGGGCGGAUAUGCAUUCUCGUUCUGGUGAUGAGGGUGAGGAGGAUGAUGAGGAGGAAAGGGAGGGGGACAGGGAUGAUGCGUCGAUUAUCUCCUACGAGGAUGAAUUGGGGCGGACCAGGCGCGGGACCAGGGCUGAGGCGGCCGAGGCGGCCAGAGCGAAGAAGCAGCAGCAGCAGCUGGAGGAGGAUGGGGAUCGGGGCCGUCACGAGGCUGGGGAGAGGUGGCGGCCGCGUCGGCCGGAGAAUCUUAUCUAUGGGGAGACCGUGCAGAGCGAGGCGUUCAACCCGGAUGCGAACGUCGCGGCGCACAUGGCCUACCUGGCGAAACGCCGGGAUCGCUCGGUGACCCCGCCGGAGGAGACCCAUUACGAUGCCGAUGCCGAGGUCAGGAACCGCGGCACCGGGUUCUAUGCCUUCGCCAGGGAUGAGGAAACUAGGAGGCGGCAGAUGGAGGAGCUGCGGGCCGCGAGGGAGGAGACGCAGAGGGAGAGGGAGGAAAAGCAGCAGCGGCGCGCGAAGAGGGAGGAGGCGAGGAACGGGAGGCGCGUCAAGGUGGACGAGUUGAGGUCCAAGAGGCGCGCCGAGAUGUUCCUGGCCGGGUUGGGCGACGUCGGCGCGGUAUGAAUCACUUCCACCAAAAUUUCGCAUUCGUGCUGGCGUUGCGUGUUUGUUUCUCUAGAGAUACCCAUCGAAAUCUUAAAUAAUUCAUGACAUUAAAAGAACUCAGGUCCACGGAGUAAUC